UUUUCUUGAUUUUUGAUGGAUGAUUUUUCUAUUUUGUUCGAAUAUUUGUGAAAUUAGGGGUUUCCACUUUAAAUCGGAUUUUUUUUUUUUUUUGUCAUUUUCUCUGAUUUUUUCUUGUCGAAAUUCCUAUUUGGUUUUGUUGUUCCGUACUUGUUUUCAUAGAAUUUCGUGGGUGAUUUUCAUGUUCAAAUGAAAAAUUUUGUAUUCUUUAAUUCAAGAAAAUUAGGCAAUUCUAGCCACUGAAUCCGUUCAUUCUCUAUUGAUUUGUACAAAAAUUUCCUGCAUUUUUGUUGCGUUAAUUUCCUGCGAUUUUGAACUUCUUUUAAAAUUUCCACAAAAUUUUCCAAAUGAAGCUCUCUGUCCACGUGAUUGAGGCGCGGAAUUUGCCCGCUAUGGAUCUCAACGGUUUCAGCGAUCCGUAUGCCCGCAUACAGCUCGGGAAGUACAGGUUCCGAACUAAGGUCGUGAAGAAGUGCUUGAAUCCUUUUUGGGAUGAAGAAUUCAGCUUCAGAGUCGAAGAUCUCAAUGAGGAACUGACGGUGUCUGUCUUGGAUGAGGACAAGUACUUUAACGAUGACUUCGUGGGUCAGUUGAAAGUGCCUGUGUGGAGAGUCUUUGAUGCAGAGAAUAAGACCCUUGGAACUGUGUGGUAUCCGCUGCAGCCCAAGAACAAGAAGUCCAAGAACAGAGACUGCGGUGAAAUUUGUCUCACCAUAUCUUUAUCUCAGAACAACUCUUUUGUAGACCAACUGCCAGUUGCUUCGAGGUCUGUGAAUGAUGAUCACGCACCAGAGAAACCCACAACCCCUCCCAGAGAAUUGUCAGUGUCUACUAAUGGUACUGUGGAAGAAGCCAUACCUGCUAAGGAUGAUAAGUCAUAUGCGCAGACACUUGCUGAACGUCUUGUUCAAAUUUUUCUCAACAAAAAUGGGGAAACAGCAUCCACCACCAAUGAAGUUGCUGUUUCGUCAGACCUGCAAGAAACACUACCCAAGACUGAGGUUCAGGAUAACAAAGUCGAAGACAUGUCCUCUUACAACACAUUUGAAGAAACACUGAGAAGUAUAGAAUUAAGAGAUCAAGGAGCAGAACUGCCUAGCAAUUUACCGGGAGGAGUACUUCUAGACCAACAAUAUGUGAUUUCACCAGCUGACCUGAAUUCCCUUAUUUUUUCACCUGGUUCGAAGUUUAUGAAAUCUUUGGCAGAGCUGCAGGGAACUACAGACCUGCAAGAGGGACCCUGGAUGAUUGAAAAUGGUGCAGACAGCUUAAAAAGAGUUGUUUCCUACACAAAGGCUGCAACUAAAUUAGUCAAGGCUGUGAAAGCUACUGAGGAGCAAGUAUAUGUGAAAGCUGAUGGGAAGUUUUUUGCAGUUUUAUUAAGUGCGAGCACCCCGGAUGUUCCAUAUGGGAGCUGUUUCAAGGUAGAACUGCUCUUCUGUAUCAUGCCAGGGACUGAGUUGCCAUCGGGAGAUCAAUCGUCGCGGUUGGUAAUAUCAUGGCGUAUGAAUUUUCUACAGAGCACCAUAAUGAAAGGCAUGAUCGAAAGUGGGGCCCGACAAGGUCUCAAGGACAGCUACGAGCAGUUUGCAAAAUUGUUAGCUCAGAAUGUAAAACUCGUUGAUUCGAAAGAUCUUGGGUCUGAUAAGGAGCAGAUAUUGGCUUCUCUGCAGACGGAGCAGCAGUCCGAUUGGAAGCUGGCUGUUCGGUAUUUCGGGAAUUUUACUGUAGUCUCAGCUGUUUUUAUGGGAUUAUAUGUAUUCACACAUAUCAUGCUAGCUAUGCCCAGCACCAUCCAAGGGCUCGAGUUUAAGGGAUUAGACUUGCCAGACUCAAUUGGGGAAGUUGUUGUGUGUGGGGUUUUGGUUCUUCAAGGUGAACGUGUCCUAGAGAAGAUAGCUCGCUUUAUGCAGGCUAGAAUGCAAAGAGGCAGCGAUCAUGGAGUCAAAGCACAGGGUGAUGGGUGGUUGCUAACUGUUGCCUUGAUUGAAGGAACCAACUUAGCGGCUGUGGAUUCUACUGGAUUUUCAGACCCAUAUGUGAUAUUGACCUGCAAUGGUAAAACAAGAACCAGCUCAAUCAAGUUCCAAACUCUAGAUCCUCAAUGGAAUGAAAUAUUUGAAUUUGAUGCAAUGGAUGAGCCUCCAUCUAUGAUGGAUGUGGAAGUGUUUGAUUUUGAUGGACCCUUUGACGAAGCAACAUCCCUUGGACACACUGAAAUCAAUUUCGUAAAAUCUAAUUUGUCUGAACUGGCGGAUAUAUGGAUUCCUCUUCAGGGAAAGUUAGCUCAGGCAUGCCAGUCUAAGUUGCACUUACGAAUCUUUUUGAACAAUACAAGAGGUACUGAUAUCGUUAAAGAGUACAUAACAAAGAUGGAGAAGGAGGUUGGGAAGAAGAUAAAUUUGCGGUCACCACAGACAAACUCAGCAUUCCAGAAGCUAUUUGGGCUUCCACCAGAGGAAUUCCUCAUCAAUGACUUUACUUGUCACUUGAAGCGAAAAAUGCCUCUGCAGGGCCGUCUCUUUCUAUCUGCAAGAAUAAUUGGGUUUCAUGCAAACUUGUUUGGACAUAAAACAAAAUUCUUUUUUCUUUGGGAAGACAUAGAAGACAUCCAAGUGGUCCCUCCAUCUCUAGCAUCUGUUGGCAGUCCAUCUCUUAUCAUUAUUCUUCGCCGAGGCAGGGGUAUGGAUGCCAAGCAUGGUGCCAAGGCACAGGAUGAAGAAGGCAGGUUGAAGUUCCAUUUCCAGUCGUUUGUAUCAUUCCAUAUAGCCAACAGGACCAUCAUGGCACUAUGGAAGGCAAGAGCUUUGAGUCCUGAGCAGAAGGUUCAAAUAGUGGAAGAAGAAUCCGAUGCCAAGUUCCUCCAAACUGAAGAGAGUGGAUCUUUCUUGGGCAUAGAAGAUGCUAGCAUGUCCGAGGUUUAUUCCUCUGUGCUUCCUAUUCCUGCCAACUCAUUAAUAGAACUGUUCAAUGGAGGUUACUUGGACCGUAAAGUAAUGGAGAAAGUCGGUUGUCUUGAUUACUCUUCCACUCCAUGGGAAUUCGUUAAGAAUGAUGUGUACCAAAGACAGCUCUGUUACAAGUUCGACAAGCAUGUCUCUCGUUACGGAGGGCAAGUGACAAGCACACAGCAAAAAUCCCCCAUUCCCGACAGAAAUGGAUGGGUUGUCGAAGAGGUCAUGACCCUCCAAGGGGUCCCGCUAGGCGAUAAUUUCAGUCUUCAUAUAAGAUACCAGGUUGAGGGUCUCCCAUCUAGAUCGAAGGCAUGCAAUGUCCAAGUAUUCAUGGGAAUCGCGUGGCUGAAAAGCACCAAGCAUCAAAAAAGGAUUACUAAGAAUGUGAUAUCAAAUCUGGCCGAUCGCCUGAAAGAGAUGUUCAGCCUAGUUGAGAAGGAAUUCACACCGGGAAAAUAGAAAAGAUCCAUUGCAGUUGACCGCGUGGGUAGUUUUUAUUUUUUGUUAAUUUAUAUCACCAAGCCAAUGUCGCUAAGGCCGUUCCCUUCCCCCAGCUGGAAAAUACUAAGCACGAGAAUCAUCUGCUGUAUUUCCUAGAGGCACUGGAGUUGUAGGGCCCAUCGCAUCUCAGGGGAUACAGACCAAGGUGCAACAGUUUGUGAAUUCUAGCUUGGGUUCAGAAAGUGCGCUGUUUCAGGAAGUGAUUUGCAUGAAGAAAACGACUCAAUUUGUCUACUUGCAGAGCGGAGACAUUGUGUGAAAUGAUUAAAGCUGAAUUCUGAAAUUUUGGUUGUUCAGAGGUCGAAAGAAACGGAUUCAUUUGCAUAAGAAAUUGGGAUCUAGGACUUCAUUUACAAUUCUCAACACACUCAUUUUUAAGCUUCUAGAGUGAUGUUCUUUCUGAUUCCAGACUAGUUCUUUUCUCCGUUGAGAGAGGAAUUUGAAAUGGUAGCCAAACAGAAGAUUGUUGUGUGUCUGAGCUUAAUUCCAUAAUUUCCUUGUAUCCCAUUCCGACAAUGUCCGUACAGCUGAGAGAAGACAGGCAGGGGUGGCAGGGCAUUGAUGUGUUGAUGGUUAUGUAGACUUUUGAACCCAAGACCAUGGCAUUGGUAUGAACAGCUGACUUAACAAAAGAUUCACUGCGAUGGCAUGAUUUUCGCUCUCAAAUUGAUAGAGGAAUUUCUUUGGUCGUCUCAAUGGAGCAUUGUUCUUCAUUUGUAAUUUAUGUAAAUUUUGGAAUUACAUUGCUUCAAAUCUCAAUCGAGAAACAGGUUCAGUUUCUGCUGAAUCAUAACUGUAACAUCACAAUGUAUUGAAAUUAAUGUAAAUUUUUUCUUUGUCAAUUGAUAAGUAAGCCUUUUCCUUUU